UAACUCAGCAUUUUAUGUCUAUCUGAGGUAUAAUAUAGUUCCUGUAUUGUUUGAGGAGGAAAAACCAAAUUAAUGAUUUGUUUAAUAAGGGGCUUUCAGGGAGCAGUAAUCAUAAUGAGAACGCAUGUUAUCCAAGAAUUUUCAGUGAUUAGUUCGAUCUGACACAAGGGUCUUCAGUUUAAACAAAACAAACUCCGAUGGUAUGGUGUGUGUUGACAGUGGUAGAUGUAAAACAGCAGACAGGCAUUUAACAUUCAAAGAAUUAACACAUGGAUUUCAACAAAUCUAUAAUCACUUCAAGGUACAAAACUCAACUAGGAAAAUAGAUCCAGCUGUGACUAAUAAUAGGAUUAGAUCAAAGGAAAAAGCUUAUGUUACCAAAACAGUUGUGAACCUGUGUGAUAAGAAAAAUUCAUCUCAGAAAAGGUGUAUAGGCAGUGAUAAGCAAAAGAUGAAGGUGGAAUAUGAGGGUAAUCGAACGAGAAAGAUAAAAACUUCUGAUUGCGUAUAAACGAACGGGUAUUAAAGAUCAUUGUUUUGUUUUCCACGUAACAAACUAUUUUGGGGAAUAAGGAAAUGCAGAUGGAUUUGACAAGUAUGUUGUGCCUGUUUUCACAGAAGACACAGAAAACUGGAAAUAGGGAAUAGACAAAGACUCAAAAUGCUGGAGUAACUCAGCGGGCCAGGCAGCAUCUCUGGUGAAAAGGAAUAAUUGACUUUUCAGGCCGAGACCUUUCUUCAGGCUGAGAGUCGGGGGAGAGGGAAACUAGAGGAGACCUGAAAAGGGGGAAGUAGAUAUUCCAGUUGUUCCAACUUCAGGUGCGAUGGAGAUUGAGGAUUCACGCUACACGUUCCCCAGCUCACAGACACCAGAAGAGGAUCCUCUGAUCGCCAAGCCGUUGCUGAGGAGCCGUUUCCGCCAGCCGCCUCCGGAUUCGUUCAACGGCGUGUACGCGAUCUUCUUCAUCCUCGGUAUUGGCUCACUGCUGCCUUGGAACUUCUUCUGCACUGCCAAGCAUUACUGGUUGUAUAAGCUGGCCAAUGGCACAGAUGGAUCGCACCAGCAGAAUGACCUUCCUAGUUACUUUGAAAGUUACCUUUCACUCGCCUCGACUGUGCCUUCUGUCGUAUGCCUAAUAAUCAACUACCUCCUGGUGGACAAAAUUUCUGCCAAGGUUCGAGUGCUGUCGUCGCUGUGCGUCAUGCUGGUUAUAUUCUGCAUCACCACAGUCGUGGUGAAAGUGGACACCUCUACGUGGACGUAUGGGUUCUUUGGUCUGACCAUGUGCUGUGUGGCCAUUGUCAGCGGAGCUUCCAAUGUCUUUCUGGGCAGUGUGUUUGGCGAGGUUGGAAGAUUUCCCAUGAAGAAUGCACAGGCUUUGAUUUCAGGACAAGCCAUGGGUGGUACGAUCAGUGCUGUAGCUUCAAUCGUUGACCUGGCUGCUGCCAGCUCUAUUGAGGACAGUGCACUGGCCUAUUUUAUUACUGCUGAUAUCUUCAUCGUCAUCUGCAUUGUCGUCUACUUGCUGCUCCCCAAAAUCCCAUAUUCCAACUACUAUCUGAAGAAUCUGAAUGAGAGACCACAGCAUCUCGGAGAUGAGAAUAACAGCGUGCAGGGCAGUGAAACCAACUUGUUUAACGGGUCAGUCAGGAGUGAGUCCUUAUCCAGUGAUGCCACCGCAACUUCUCAAUUGAAACCAAUCCUCACAAAGACUGCAUCUCUGGGCUUCAGUGUGUUCUACACCUUCUUCAUUUCAAUUAUUAUCUUCCCUUCCAUCUCUUCCAACAUCAAGUCAACUUCGAAUGUAGUCAAUGUGUGGACCACCAAGUACUUUGUACCCAUGGUUAGCUUCCUCUUGUAUAACUUUGCAGACUGGUCUGGUCGACAGAUAACGGCUUGGAUCCAAAUCCCUGGGCCAAAGAGCAGACUUCUUCCCAUCCUGGUGCUGUUACGGACAAUGUUCCUGCCUCUGUUCAUCUUCUGUAAUUACCAGCCUCGUGAACACUUGCAUAUAGUAUCCUUCGCCCACGAUAUCUAUCCUGCUAUCUUCAUCGUAGUUUUGGGCUUCACCAACGGGUACUUGGGAACUCUGCCGAUGAUAUAUGGACCGAGGAUCGUGUCCAAGGAAUUGUCCGAGCACACGGGAAUCGUGAUGUCUUUCUUCCUUGCUCUGGGUCUGGCUGCUGGCUCUGCCUUCUCAGUCCUCAUCGUUCAUCUGAUUUAGCAGGGAGUUUGGGUGGAGAUUCCCCAUCGUUACAUGCCUAAUUAAUUCCGAUGUGGGCCACCCCAAGAUUGAAGCUUCACCUUUUGGAAAAGAUACUUAUGCUAACUAAAAAUGAAGUGUCAUUUUCAAUGGAUGGAAAUUUUUUUUUAAUAUAAAGUACCUUCGAUGACUCUCCACUUGAGAUGACUGCUUUAAGACAAUGAAGUAACCUUGUAGCAUCGGAAAAACAGCAGUCAUUUUUGUACUAAAGUCUCCUACAACAGCAAGGCGAUUCCGACCUGUAAAUGUGUUCUGGUGAAAUUAAGUUUGGGUUGAACAUUGCACAAGACUGUGGGGGAAAGCUGCCUAGAUUUCAAAAUAAUCCCUCAAGAUCUGCAGCCACUUGAAAGCUGUUGUAGGAGGACCACAAGCCCUCGGAUUCAUCUCAAAUCGGAGGAAGACAGAACAUCAAGGCGUUCACUACUCCACGAGUACUGCACUGACACCACAGCCUGGAGUUUUGUGCUCAAGUCCUGGGAUUGAGACAUGGACCCUUCACCUUCUGAUUCAGGAGUGUCUUCCCCGUUCAACUACGGUUGACUGGGUCAACACAUGCGCAGGAAGGAACUGCAGAUGCUGGUUUAAACCGAAGAUAGACAAAAAAAGCUGGAGUAACUCAGCGGGACAUGCAGCAUCUAUGGAGAGAAGGAAUGGGUGAUGUUUCGGGUUGAGACACUUCUUCAAAUCAUGUGUUGGUUGUGUUCAUUGUACUGAUCAAGUAGUAAAUAGUCCUUGAUCAACUUUAAUGUAGAAUCUUUCCAGUCUGAGAAAAAGGGAGAGGUUGCUUUUAUGUACUGUGUUCAUCCCUCAGAUUGCUCUUAAGGACGGACUAGCAGUCCCAUGAAUUGUAGAUAAUUGGUCUUGAUUGUUCCUUUGGCCCCGUCCCUCUGGGACACUACUCUCUCUCGCCGUGAGGUGAGGCAGCAGUGUUAAGUGCAGAUGGAACUCUGAGCUGAAAACUAGUUUCUGCCUUCAGUCAUAGAGAAGAGACUUCCAUUCCACAACCACAAACUGAAUAUGUGCCAAAGGGUGUCUGUGCACAGUAUUUUAAAUGCUCUAGCAUACUUCAUCACACACCGCCGGUUUUGUUUGACUGCUUGCCAUGAUCCCAUACAGUGGGACAAUGAAACGAAAAAUGCCACUAAAAGUACACAUUUUUAAAAAUAUUGUCUACUCUUGGAACACAAAAGAUCUGUUGUCAAAUGAUCUUCAUGCUCCAAGAAACUACUUUUUCUGAAGGAGGCCAGCCUGCAAUUGAAAAAUGGUCAGAUACUUCAGAAGAGUAUUGUGGAAGAGAAUUUUUUAAAUCUUAAGUUGCUACAAGUCACCUCUAUUUUGCACAGAGUGGUUUGUACGUUGAUCAGAAAGAGUAGUGAAAAUAAUUAAAACCAGCGUGUUUUAUUAAUUUGUAUUGUGUAAAUCUACACAUUUUCGAAGCAUUCCCCUGAAAAUAUCACAAAGGAGUAAGCUGGUAAAUAAAAUUUGGACCCAUUUUUAACUUGAA